AGCCCCCGUGUCUCUCUCCCCAGCGGCUCUACCGAGAUCGGGCUGUGGAAAGCGGGGGAGCCGGAGGCGGGAAGAGAGGGGACGUAGGGAGAGUGUUUUGGAGCGGACCGACCAUUUGGUUCUGGGGCUGAAGUAGAGCCGGCAGGGAGAGGAGGGGAAGCUUUGGGAGCUCGGCUGCGACAGGAGGGGAACCAGAGCCGUCGAGAGGCCCGAAAUGAGGGAGGUGGGGGCGUGAGGGGAAAAUAGGAGAGGCGGCCGGGAGGAAUCCUAGCUGUCAAGGGUCUAGAAGGGCUCUCCCGUCCUUUGGCCAUUCCGGGCAAGAAUGGGACUGGACUCCGGCGUGGCUCUGAGGAGGAACAAAGGAAGACCGAGGAGGCGUCCAAGGAGCAGACCCAAAAGUUUUCCCAUGGUUCGGCCUGGAUAUUGGUGGGACCCUAGUCAAGCUGGUCUACUUUGAGCCCAAAGAUAUCACAACCGAAGAGGAGGAGGAGGAGGUGGAAAGCCUCAAGAGCAUUCGGAAGUACCUGACGUCUCAUGUGGCUUAUGGAUCAACGGGCAUCCGGGACGUCCACCUUGAGCUAAAAGACCUCACCCUGUGUGGACGGAAAGGCCAUCUACACUUUAUACGCUUCCCUACUUAUGAUCUGCCUACUUUUAUUCAGAUGGGCAGAGAUAAAAACUUCUCACUUCUCCAUACUGUCUUUUGUGCCACUGGAGGUGGAGCGUACAAAUAUGAACAGGAUUUUCUCACAAUAGGUGACCUUCAACUUUGCAAACUAGAUGAAUUAGACUGUCUAAUUAAAGGAAUUUUGUACAUCGACUCUGUUGGCUUCAAUGGAGGGUCACAGUGCUACUACUUCGAAAACCCAGCUGACUCAGAAAAAUGUCAGAAGAUACCGUUCAACUUGGAGAACCCAUACCCUCUCCUCUUGGUGAACAUCGGUUCAGGAGUGAGCAUCUUGGCGGUAUAUUCCAAAGAUAACUACAGGCGGGUUACGGGGACCAGUCUUGGAGGAGGAACCUUCUUUGGCCUCUGUUGUCUUCUCACUGGUUGCUCCACCUUUGAAGAGGCCCUCGAGAUGGCAGCCUGUGGAGAUAGCACCAAAGUGGAUAAGCUGGUGCGUGAUAUUUAUGGAGGGGACUACGAGAGGUUUGGGUUACCUGGUUGGGCCGUGGCCUCCAGUUUUGGGAACAUGAUGAGCAAGGAGAAGCGUGAGGCGGUGACCAAGGAGGAUCUGGCCAGAGCAACGCUCAUCACCAUCACCAACAACAUUGGGUCCAUAGCCCGGAUGUGUGCACUUAAUGAGAACAUUAACCAGGUGGUGUUUGUGGGAAACUUCUUGCGGGUCAACACUAUCUCAAUGAGGCUUCUGGCGUAUGCCCUGGAUUAUUGGUCCAAAGGACAGUUGAAAGCCCUUUUUUCAGAGCAUGAAGGCUAUUUUGGGGCUGUGGGCGCACUCCUAGAGCUUCUGAAAUCGGCCUGACCCACUGCAGAUCCAUUUCUGGAAUCGGUCACCAGAGCCUCAUCCGAAGCAGGGCCCCGACGUUUUCCGAGAGGAGAUUUACGGCGAUUGAGGGCGGUCUGAGUGGAGCGGGGACAGGUGAGGGGGGAGCCUUUUAAGAGUGUGAAGUCGGUCUUCAGUCCCCCCUGGAGUAGAGCAGCAACCAAUAAGAACAUAUGCAGGGAUGUCAGAUGUGCCCAUUUCAACCAGCGUCUUCGCUUAAGCUUUUCCUCUGCAAGGCAACUUGUGACUGUGGUGGAUGUAUUUAAAUAGUGGGCUUUGCUUGUGAAGACUAUUACAGUAGGGGAGAACCCCUCGGUCUUCCGAAGAUGAAUCUGAUUGUCUUGUCUGUUUGGAACGUGUAAAGUUGGCUGUUACAAUUUUGUAAACGUGGUUACGGAAUAUCUUUUCCCUGCCUAGCGCAGAAGAGUUUAUUUUUUAUUGAAGUGAUUGUCGAGGGGCAGAAUGUCAAAAGACUCCCCUGACGGAUGGAUGAAUGAAGGGAAAAAUGUCUUAUUCUCAAGGACUCUGUUUAACCCGUUCAUUUGGUGACCGAUGUACCAGUCGCUUUAAAAUGAAUUUCAAGAGAUCAGUUUAUCAGACUUCAUUGUUGUCUCUUUGCCUAAGUGGAAGUAAAAUCGGAAAACAUUCCAUAAGGAACAGUC